CCUGCUGGAUACCGCCCACACUUGAGUCCAAGUCCAAUUCCAGGUCCAAGGAUAUAUCCCCCUCCAACAUGUACAAGUUCAUCUUCCUCGUCUGCUCCGCCAUGCUGCUCAGCUAUGUCCUGGCCAGGCCCCAGGAUCAGCGGGCAGGAGCAGCCAGUCCCACGUCCACGACCACAGCGGCCACCAUUGUGAAGCAGGAUAAUGUGAAUAAUGCCGACGGAAGCUUUAACAGCAGCUACGAGACCUCGAACGGAAUACGCGUGGAGAACAUUGGCUACCUGAAGAAGAUCAUCAUUCCGAAGACCGAGACCACCGAUGGCCAGGUGAUCGAUGAGCACGAGGAGCUGGUUCUGGUCCAGACCGGAUCCUACAGCUACAGCGAUCCCGAUGGCAACCUCAUCACCCUGCGCUACGUGGCCGAUGAGAACGGAUUCCAGCCGGAGGGUGACCAUCUGCCCGUGGCCCCGCAAUAGUUUUAUUUCAUCCAUACAUAGUAAACCCUCCUUAUAAUAUUUCGCUUGAAAGUAUUAUGCACUGCCUGAAUGCCAUACGAAAUUGAAAUGUCUACAUGCCGUAGUUAGUUUUAAGCAAACAAAAAACACACCGAAUCGCCUGCAAAGAGAGAAAUAAAUAUUGGUAACGAUAAUGA